ACCGGUCGGACAGCGUAUUGGAGUCAAGUCACCUGAAUGAAGAAAUGGACUGGACUAGUUUCCCCAGAGCAAGACAGAGAGGAAGAGUUAAAGUGAAAGAGAAGUAGAGAAUGAAAACAAUCUCCGGGUACUAAGUCCACGCGGUGACUGUCAACGUUUAAUACCAGCGCUUAAUUUCUUCCUCCGCCGCUGUGACGGCUUUUCUUGGACUUAAAAACACCAUAAAAAGUGUUCCUUCUGAUUUAAAGACAGGUUGGUGUAGUAGACUGUAGUGGUGUCAGUUUGGUGUCCCAGUUUGGAGGCAGGCUGUCCCGGGAGAGACAUACACAUCUGCAAUAACAGAGACUAUCAGAGCGACACAGAGACCAGCCCCCCGUGAGAGGAAGGAGCGUGUCACCAUGCCUGUGCGACAGAAAGAUGCUCAGCGGGCCCUGGAGCUCCUACAGCAGUACCGGACCAAACUUGACCAGAGACAGCAGAACCACAACCAGAGCCGGAGCAAGGGCCGCGUGGAGGAGGACUCCCAGCUGCAGCAGUCCCUAGACCGAGUCAUCAAUGUCUUCCAAAGUCAGCUCUUCAGUGCUCUGCUUGACAUCCAGGAGUACUACGAGUUGACCAUCCUCACAGACAGUGACAGUUCUGUGGACCAGACAUCCGGUCCCUGGAGUCUCCCUGCCUCCUCUAACCCACCGGCAGAGCCUUCUCCCCAGUCACAGCCCCCCUCGGGUUCCCUUAGCCCCCCGGCUUGUGAAGGAUCAUCCCCACUAAAACCUCUGAGCCCCAAACCCAGGUCGAUCAAGUCCCAUGCUGCUCCACUCCCAUCCGGGACACCCACAUCAAAACCGUCUUCCCCUACAUCUCAGUCUGUCUCACCGCAGUCACAGCCAGCCAAGGUCAAGUAUCGCGCUCCUCUCCCUCCUGUCCAACCAGGAGCCUCCAAAUCAUUGGCGUCUGAUUCUCUGCCCUCUUCUCCCUCUGCUUCCCCCGGAGCCCCAGUGAAUGGUGUAGAAACCUCCAAAUGCCCGAUAAAAAAACCUCCUAGAUCAGCACUGAAUGGAGCAAAGCCUCAACUCACUGCCACCAACUCCAAUGUUUCUGUGGCCAGCUCCACCUCCUCCACCAUUCCACAGAGUGAUUCCUUCUCUCCGCACCCCAACCUGACGACUGUCUCGGCCCUCGUCUCCAGCACCACCGAGGGCUUUGUGUUUCCAAUUUCUCCGGGCACACUCACCCCAAAAAGCGGUAGUCCUGUCACCAGCCCAGGUCCCAUCAGAGUCACAGACGCUGUGGUAGUCUCUACAUCACCUCUGACCACCAAGGACUCAGGCAAAGUCACUCCCAGCACGAGUCCAACCAGCCCCAACCAGGGAAAGUUUAGUUUCAUCACUCGCAGUCCCAGGAGCCCUACAGGGCCUUUGACUCAAGGGCUUCAUUUGAGUCCAACCAGCCCCGGGCCUGUUAAAGUCACCUCCACCAGCCCGAGCCACGGUCCAGCCAGCCCCCGGCCAGCUACAAGCCCACUGAUCCCCAACAAGGCCAACCCCCCUCCAGUGGUCGUCAACACCGACAGCGUCGACACCCCCCCAUAUGUCAAUGGAACAGAAGCAGACUAUGAGUAUGAGGAAAUCACGCUGGAGCGGGGUAACUCAGGUCUGGGGUUCAGUAUCGCAGGAGGGACUGAUAACCCUCACAUCGGGGAAGACCCAUCUAUCUUCAUCACCAAGAUUAUACCUGGAGGGGCCGCUGCCCAAAAUGGACGACUCAGGGUGAAUGACUGUAUAGUCCGGGUAAAUGAGACAGACGUCAGGGACGUGACCCACAGCGGGGCGGUGGAGGCACUGAAGGAUGCAGGAGGUCUGGUCCGACUAUGCAUACGACGCAGGAGGAGCCUCAGCGAGAGGGUCAUGGAUAUCAAGCUGGUCAAAGGGCCCAAAGGUUUAGGAUUUAGUAUAGCAGGGGGCGUCGGAAACCAACAUGUCCCUGGAGACAACAGUAUUUACGUGACGAAGAUCAUCGAAGGAGGGGCUGCACACAAAGACGGACGGCUACAGAUAGGGGACAAACUUAUGGCUGUGAACGCCGCCUGUCUGGAAGAGGUCACUCAUGAGGAUGCGGUGGCUGCGCUGAAGUCCACCCCUGAUGUUGUUUAUCUCCGUGUGGCCAAACACACCUCCCUUUUUAUCAAUGACAACUUCCCUCCUCCUGACGUCACCAAUUCAUACUCCCCACAUCAAGACAACCAUAUUAGCCCCUACAUGAGCGGCAGCCAGUCGGUAAGCCCCGCCCCGUUGACCACGCCCAGAUACUCUCCGUUGCCCAGGGCGAUGACCGGAGAAGACGACAUCCCUAGGGAACCCAGACGGGUGGUGCUCCAGCGGGGGUCCACAGGUCUCGGUUUUAACAUUGUUGGAGGAGAGGAUGGAGAGGGAAUCUUCAUCUCCUUCAUUCUCGCCGGGGGUCCAGCGGAUCUCUGUGGGGAGCUACGAAAGGGAGACCGCAUCCUGUCGGUGAAUGGAGUGGACCUGUCCAGUGCAACACAUGAGCAAGCAGCAGCAGCUCUGAAGAACGCAGGACAGACCGUUACCAUAGUAGCGCAGUACAGACCUGAGGAGUACAGUCGUUUUGAGGCGAAGAUCCAUGACCUAAGGGAACAGAUGAUGACCAGCAGUGUCAGCUCCAGUUCCACGUCGCUCCGCUCCACACAGAAACGCACCCUAUAUGUCAGAGCGUUGUUCGACUACGACGGUAGUGUGUCCGAUCUGAGCGCGCCCAGUCAGGUCCUGCCCUUUCAUUUCGGGGAUAUCCUCCACGUGAGCAGCGCUGGUGAAGAGGAGUGGUGGCCCGCCCGCCAUCUCAGCCCCCCGCCUCCAAACUGCCCUGAAGUCGGCGUCAUCCCCAGCCGCAGGAGGGCAGAGAAGAAGGAGAGGUCGAGGUUAAAGACGGUCAGAGUGGCAAGGUCUCAGGACAGAUCGGAUCAGGAUGAUAAAGAGCUGGUAACCUCUGGCACCAGCGAUAGUGAGAGUAGUUCCUCCGGCCAGGAGGAGACCCUCCUCACAUACCAGCCUGUUAUGCAACAGGAAGCUACUUACACCCGACCAGUCAUAGUGCUUGGACCAAUGAAAGACCGGGUCAACGAUGACCUCAUCUCCGAGUUCCCAGACAAGUUUGGCUCCUGUGUCCCACACACAACGCGACCACGGCGAGACUACGAGGUGGACGGUAGAGAUUACCACUUCAUGUCUUCCAGAGAGGUCAUGGAGCAAGAGAUCCAGGAACACAAGUUCAUCGAGGCCGGGCAGUACAACAACCACCUGUAUGGAACCAGCAUACAGUCGGUCAAAGAAGUGGCUGAAAAGGGUAAACACUGCAUACUGGAUGUAUCAGGGAAUGCGAUAAAGCGUCUCCAGUUGGCAGGCCUUCAUCCCAUCGCUGUCUUCAUCAGACCACGCAAUGUCGACAACAUCCUAGAGAUGAACAAGCGCUUCACUGAGGAGCAGGCGAGGAAGACCUUCGACAGAGCCGUCAAACUGGAGCUGGAGUUCACAGAGUUCUUCACCGGUAUCGUCCAUGGCGCGACUCUAGAGGAGGUGUAUUCGCAGGUGAAGCAGAUCAUUGAGGAGCAGUCUGGUCCUUACAUCUGGGUGCCCACCAAGGAGCGACUCUGAAUAAACACACACAUGCUACAUGAUCUCACACAUCACUAUUUCGACACUUCCUACAUCUCUAAUUUUCUAUUAUCAGCCUGCUUCCUCUCUGUCGCUCUCUUGUACACACACAUAGUACACACACACACACACACACACACACACACACACACACACACACACACAAAGUCAGACGGGCUGGGACUAUCUGGGACUGCUACUUCCUGAAGUGGGAGAGGCUAAUGUCUGUCCAGCAGCCUAUUGGUGGAUCUUCCUACAGCUCAGUUCCUUAAUGUUUAAGGAGGUGGUUUAAAUCAUGGCGACAUGUACCAUUAUCUGAUUUGAUUUCAUUAUUGUUCUUCUUAUUGUCGUUGUUGUUUUCAUAUUAACGAAGGGUAAUGCAUUCAUGUAUGGGUUUGUAAUGAUAUUAUUGUCACCAAGAGGCAGACUUUUGCACGCUGUAGCUUUAAGAGCAUGUUUUUGGGACAAAAUCUUGAUCUCCUUCCCGACUGUCUGUCUUUUCAUGGCAUUGCUCCUGUUAAGUCUUUUCUAUCUUUCUCUCAUACCCCAUCUCUUCCUCCUCCUCCUCCUCCUCCUCCUCCUCCUCCUCCUCUCCCUUUUAGACUACAGACUUUAUACAUGAGGUGAUGAGUUUAUAAUCUGCGCCAGCAUUUCGGUAUCAAAGGCCUAAAUGGAGCUAUAGUAAUUGGAGACAAGAAAACAAUAUUUGCUGUAACAAGCAGAAUUGUUCAAUUAAGUCAUCUAUAGAGAAGUAAAUGAGAUAGAUUUGUAUUAAUUAAUAUAUUAAUCCUCCUGGUGUUUUUAGAGUUCAUUUGGAGCCCUAAACCCAUGUUUCUUAGAUUUCUGAAAAAAAUGCUUAUGAAAGAAGUAAAAAAAAGUUGCUAUAAUUGAAAUUGAAAUAUAAAAUAUGCUCAAAGCAGAAACAGCUAAUCAAGGAUUACAAAACAUUUAUCCUGUUAAUUGUUUUAGAUAAUAAUUUCGCAAGUGAAAAUGUAGAGUUCAAUAAAAUGUUAGGAUAAAAUAAUUAUUCUGCUGUUGGUACACCGGAAAAAACAGACAACAAGAUUAAUUUAGUGCCGUUUUGCCAGGUGCAGAUAUAAAAUAUAUGGCAAGUGAUUGCAAACUGAAUCAAAAACUGCUUUGUUUGUGUUUUCUGCCCCCAAAUUUACACAAGAAGCAAAGAGAAGCCAAAGUUGUCUAGAAUCCUAUUUAAUGCUCAAAUCAAAUACAAAAGAAUAGGCUAAAACUACCAAAUGUUAAGUAAUUUAUAUCAAUAGUUUGAAUUGGUAAUGGUGAAGUCGUUUCACUUUUAGCAGUUUGAUACAGUUCCUGAAAAACGUGUAUCACCGAAGUUUUCAUCUCACAAGGGCUUUUCUGCCCCCCCUUCUGUUCCUCCUCUCUGACUCAUUGCGUUCGUCCCCCUCCUCCUCUCCUCCUUCACAUUCACUGUGUGACGUUAGUGGAUCGCUCCACCAUCAAUCGGUGUAUCAUCCUCUUCAUCAACACGAUCAUCACAAUCAUAAUCAUCAGCAUCAGUGUUAUAACUCUCUCUUACUCUAGUUGCACUAACGAGGGCUGGUUUCUUAAAAGCAUCUGAACCCGUCCCAUUGUUUCUGGUGUGACACACUCACUCUCCUUUCAGCUAUCAGUGAUUAUAUUGCUAGUUUUGAAAGAGCUAACAAGGUCAGGGAACUCUUUAUGGUCAUUUGCUGUAUGUCACGCUUUUGUAGUUAAAGUUAUUCGUCACCAACUCCUCUCGUAAACGCUACUGUCAAAAACCACCAAUGAACUUUUUUGAAACAGGUUUCUGUCAUGCUGGAUGUGUACGUUUGAGCCUUCAGUCCCAGUGUGCAUGAAUAACACCUGAAAAUAGCUGCAUUUGUGACCUUAGUGCUCCAUACCUCACCCCAUAAUAUAGGUGGACAAUCAAAGCGUUGCAUUUUUACCUGUUAUCCAGAAAUAGGUUGUUUUAUCAAAGGUGUUUUAAUGGUUUCACACCUAGUUUGCCCAGUGUGAAACAAUUGUGAGAAUGUAUUUUUAUUUUUAAUCCCUGUCUCCCGUGUUUUGGCUCUACAAUAUGCAACUUUACAGUGCAAGUAACCUGUCUGUACUAGUUCUGUCAUUCAUGGGACGCUUGCCUUGGACAUCCACAUGCAGCGUUAUUCACAUCUUGUGAAAAAUGUGUGACACAACCCUCUGUUGGGUAACAGGUAAAAAUUCAUGGUUUGAAUUUCACUUCAAGUGACUAUAAUCAAUAUUUUUCUAAUAAGAUUGUAUCAAAGGACACCAUGUGAAAACUUAUGACAAGAGAGAUAAAUCACCUGAAUCUGCAGCUCUCCACGGCUUUACACAGCUUUUACGUGAGUUUCCGUUUGAAGUGUUAGGCAUCUGGCCCACCACUUAGCUGAGUCUCAUGGCUCUCAUAGCAUCGUUUUUUCAGAAUCAAACAACAGACCUACUCACUUAGCAUAGAGCUGCUAAACAUAAUGGAGCAUGUAGCACCGAAAGAGCCAGAUAUUUAACUAAGGAAAAGGUGAAGACCAAAAUCAGAGCUAAAACCGGGUGAUGUCACAUAGGGGCUCACCCAACGAACAUUUGAAAUACCGAGAUGCUUAAGGUAACACAGCCCCUGUAUGGACCUUGUUAGCCACCCACUACUCAUCUCCACCCUCGAACCCCCGCCCCCCCCAAGGCGACUCCUCCAAGCUGACUGGAGACCAGAGACGUGCAGAAAGACCGUUCUGUCAUCAGAAUAGCUUUAAGACCAAAAUAAUAAAUAGUUUUGCCCAGCUUUAGUAUUUCCUCACAAAAUGUCCAGCUAAAUUACUUUUCUUUCCAACGGUAAUCCUCCAUAAAUCGAGUAAAGCCGUGGUGCUGUCAGUUGACAGAACUGGACUCUCUGUGUGACUCUGGCUGUGUGUUUCAGCCAGGGGACCAUGCCACUGUCUGUUAGAGUAAAGCACCGAUGCAAAGUAUCUAUUACAGAGAUGGAUCUACUGUAUAUCUUACAUAUUAUAAUAUUUAUCCCUGCUCUAACUGCCUAUUUUGGUACAAAAAAAUAAAAGUCUUUAUUGAGAUUUACUGAAA